AUGUCGAGAAAAUUUCCGUCUUUCAUAGUUGAUGCAUUUACAACUAAGAGUUUUGCAGGAAAUCCUGCAGCAGUUUGUCUUAUUCCAGAGGUUUUUAAAGACCAAGAGUAUUUGAAAAUCGCUGCCGAAUUCAAUCUCUCCGAGACAGCAUUUCCAGUUCCAAUUGGUUCAACUGACUUCAAGACUUGCUCUCAGUUUUCCCUACGCUGGUUUACUCCAAAAACUGAAGUUCCGUUGUGUGGUCACGCAACUCUUGCAACGUCACACGUUCUGUUCAAUGAAGUUGGAAAUGUGAAUAAGGAGAUUAAAUUCGAUACCCAAUCCGGAGUUUUGAUUGCAAAAAGAGAUGAAAAAGGAAAUGUGGAGAUGAAUUUUCCCGAAUACGAUUUGGCGUCAGUGAAGUUCAAUGAUACCCCAAAUCCAUUGCAGGGCAUUUUUUCGGAGUUCGAAGCACCAUCAUUCCUGUUUGAAGUUAUCAAGUGCGUUGUUCCAACUGAGAUGAUUAUCGAAUCAGUGGUGUACUCUUCAAAAUCUCGCAAACUAAUCGUCAUUGUGGAUCCAGAAACCACCAAAUUUGAACUUGAAGCCGUUCGCAUUGAUUGCUCAAAAAUGCUCGAGAUUCACGAUGGAAGUUUUGUAAGGGGCCUUGCCAUUUCUCUUCGUCCAUCAAAUCCAAUGGCUCAAGGAUUUGUGGAUUCUUCUGAUGAACCAUAUGACUAUGCAUGCCGUUAUUUUGCUCCGUGGGUUGGAAUCGAUGAGGAUCCAGCAACUGGAUCUGCGCAAUGUGUUAUGGGACCGUUCUGGUCGAAGAUGCUCGGGAAGAACGAGUUGUAUGCUUUUCAGGCUUUUCCAACUCGAGGAGCUCAAUUCAGGAUUCGUCUUCAAGAUGACCGUGUGAUUUUGAACGGACCUUCUGUCACAGUGCUCCGGGGAGAGCUUGCGUUGAACUAA